AUGUCUGACAAUACUCAUCAAAAGUUGAGGACAGUUGUUUUGGCAGUAAGGUCGACUCGCGAAAUUUUGGAAGAGCACAAGCGGCAACUACAGGAAGGUGGCUAUCUUUACCACUUCGUUGAAGCGCAUAAAAUUGUUCAUGAGAUUCAGAACUUACGCAUCACUAUCAGUCGUCGAUAUAAAGCGGUAGAGCACUUGAAAAGAGUUUGCACGAAGAAGCGCCUCAGCGUGGCCAAGACAAGUGAGCAUGUCGAUGAAAAGAACGCUCAGCUAGACUUGCAAGGUGGACUUCUCACUUUAAAUAUGCACUGCGAACGUGGCAUUUCUUACCUCAAUGCUAGAAGAAAAGUUCUGAAUGUUUUAACUAAUGCCACUGUAAUGAGAAGACGGGUUCUGCUCGUAGAGGUUUCCGACAUCUUGCAUUUCAUUGUUCGUAUAAUCUCCUCCAAUGAAGACGAAGAUGAUCGUUUAUGUAGUUCUGGUUCGAGUUUCAAUCUGACGGAUCUCAUAGGCUCUCAUGAAAGCAUAGAGUCGGCAUCCGCCAUUGGGCAUGUUGUACAUUUUCUCUCGUGUAUUUCCCGAAUACUUGAUUACACACUUCGCUACCCCGUGCGGUCUUGUGCAUCUACGUCUACUAUCUAUUGCCCUAAAAGGAACAAAAGUUUACCACUGUAUUGGACACGCUGGCGUUCUGGUCGUGAUAACUUUGAGAAUGCUGUGGGUCUUCUUGCCAAGAAUAUUGCUCAAGUACAAGAAGAUAAUGGCUUUUCUCUGGCUAAUUUAAGCAUAUCAUGA